GAAAAAAGUGGAAAAAAAACUGCCAUAUAAAUACAUAUAUAUAUAUAUACACCAACAAUAUUAAAAUUAGUUUCCAAGAAAACCAGAGAGACAGAGAGGAGUGGUCUCAAGAUCUUGCCAGAUCGGACCAGAAUCUUUGAUGGGACGGGAGCUCACUGAUGUACAUAUGGACAAGCCAAAUAUGGUUGUAGUGUCUUCAAAGGGUGUUUCUCAUGGAAAGGCUCAUGUUUCUCCCAAAAUGUCGGAAGAAAACAUUGAAGAAAAGGAAUAUGAUGUCAAGGAGUGCACUGCAGAGAACUCGGUUGAGAUUUGUGAUGAGAAGCAAGAUGUGCUUGGUGUCAAAAGCACUAAUUGUGACGCUGAACUUUCUAGGGUAAAAAAUGAGAAACUUGCAGUUCAGAAGUCAAGUGAUAAUAAAAUUUCAAAAACUUCUGCACCAAAAGCUGGUGGUACUGGACAUGGUAGUCCAAAUCACACUGUUCCACAGCCAUUUUCUCUGGCAACUGAAAAGCGUGCUGGUGUGUACUGUUCAGCAAAUGCCAACAGUGCAUACUCUCCUAAUGCUACGAAGAAUUCACAGCCAAACUCACAUUCUACAGCUAGGAAGCUUUGGCAUCCAGAUUAUAAAAAGCAUAUUGAUGAAGAAGAUGCUUGGUCUGUUGCUUCCUCUACUGCUACAUCUGUACGGACAGUUAAAUCCAGAGUAACUAUUGGAUCAGCUCCCACGUUUAAAAGUGCAGGGCGUGCAGAGAGACGGAGGGAGUUUUACUCAAAGUUAGAGGAAAAACACCAAGCCCUGGAGGUGGAGAAAAGCCAGAGUGAAGCAAGGCAGAAGGAAGAGCGAGAGGCAGCCAUCAAGCAGCUUAGAAAGAGCAUGGUAGUUAAAGCAAAUCCUGUACCUAGUUUCUACUAUGAGGCGCCUCCGCCAAAGGCUGAACUUAAGAAGUUGCCUCUGACUCGUCCCACAUCACCGAAACUUAGCCGGAGAAAGAGUUGCCCUGAUGCAGUCCACACAUCUCCUGAUGAAAAGGGGAAAUGUUGCACUCGUAUACACCGUCACAGUCUUGGUAGUCGUAAAGAAGAAUCCGUUGCCGGCAACAAUAACAGAAGUAAAGGUCAGAUCAAUGGACAGAAUGGUACUAAUGGCAAUUACAAGGUUAAGGACCGUUCAAAACCGGACAAUGGGACAAGAAAGGCUACUUCUGUCAAGAUUACUGAGAAGAUGGCUGCAGAUAUAACUGUUGAGUCAUGAACACCUGGUUUUACUGAUUUAAAAAGGGGGGAGAAGGUGAUGGUCUUCAAUAUCUUAAGUUGCCUAAAAGAUUUUCUGAAAGAAAAUGGCCUGUUUUUCUGCUUUGAUGACUUGGUAUGUUUCUUUUUUAAAAUGUGAAUUGUAUAUGUUUUUUUAAGUUAUUUGGUACACAUCCAGUGAUAUAUGAAAAGGAGUCAUGAUCCUCUAAUAUAAGACAAUGUCUUGUUGUAACAAUCUGAGUAAUCAGACAUUUUCUUAGUUAGGUAUUGGCUACUUUCUCUUUUUAGUGCUUAUUGUUAGUUUGAUAAGGUAGUAUUUGAGACUUGAAAUUGUAACUUUAUUAGGUCAAUGUUGUGUUGCCAAUUUACUUGGAUUUGGUAUU